CUGAUACACACAGACGAGCUCCAUUCCUUUUGUCAUUAGCAGAAUAGCCAGUUCAGAAGCAUGCCAAGGCGUGAUACCCGCUUAACCGUGAAGGACAAGCUCAGAAUUCUGCUAGAAGCCGAGAGAGGAACAGUCAAGGGCACGGCUCGCAUGCACAAGGUGUACCCAUCUCAGAUUCGGCAGUGGCGCAAGAAUAGAGAGCGUUUAGAGGAGACAGUGAAGCGGAACCCACGAGCCCGAGCGAUUUCGGUCGGUCGACCCUUGCACGCACCAGCUCUUGAAGAUGAGGUUACAGUUUGGAUUCUGCAUCGCCGAGGUCUUGAUAUUGCUGUUUCAACUCGACAUGUCAUCAGUAAAGCGUUAUCAAUCGAGAUUCAAGAUAGCAUUACGAUCUAAACUGUUCCUCAAUUUCACUCAGCAUUAUGCAUUUAACAAUACCACCACUGCGCUCCGACCGGCGGCGCUUUUGAGAGUU